CAUAGGAAAACCAAUUGCUCUUUGGAAAUUUAAAAAAAGAAAAAACAUUUGGUGCUUGAAAGAACUAAGGAAGGCUUCACUUGUCCUCUCUCAACAUAUAAUAUCAAGAACUAAGUCACUAACUUGAUAUAAUUGCUAAACUUCUUAACAAAGAAAUAAGUGUGCCUUGGUCCUGCCACAGAAUAUUAAAAAUAAAAAAUUAAAUAAAUAAAAGAAAAUGGGAAUCCUGACUUUAUUUCUCGCAAGUGUGUCAUAUAAACUUAGAGAAAUAAAGUUGUGACUUUACAUCUUGUAAUUGUGAUAUUACAAGAUAUAAACUCUCAAUUGUGAGUUGAUAUCACACAAUUGUGACUAUAUCUUGCAAUUGAGACUAAUUGUGUAAUUACGACAUAAACUUGCAAUUGUGAAUUUAUUUCUUGCAAUUAUAUAUCUAGCAAUUACAAGUUUAUUUGUUGUAAUUACUAGAUUUCAACUUGCAUUUUUGACUUUCACGCAAUUGCGACUAUUUCUCACUAUUGCAACUUAAUUUCACGAAAUUGCAAGUCAUUAAGUCACGAUUGUGGGAGAUAAACUCACAAUUAGCCUUUUUGGCUUUUUUAAAUUCCUUAGCAGAAGCCGACUUCAUUAGUAAUAGAGGAUGAAGACAUAGAGAAAAAAAAAUGCUUUACCCUGCAUUUGGAGCUGGGUGCACAUUCAUGAGCGCUGCCAUGUUGAGAUUCUAUGACCAGCCAAAUACUACUUGCUUUAUAUCAAUAAUCACCUGUUAUUGGGCUCUUUCACUUGCGGCAUAAAUGAAUAAUGGCUGACUGUGAAUUUAUACUAUGACAUUGGUAACUGUUUUUGUGUGUCACCUCAACAUAAACAAGUAUAUUACCAAAUGCCCCUUUAAAAAUAAAGUUUUUUUUUUUAUUGUUUCUUUGCAGCACUAUAGGUUCAGUUGAGCUCUUACAAAGAAACACUUUUCAAAAUAUUGGGUUCUCAAACUGGAUGCAUAGUUAUUUGGGUAUUUAAAACAAAUGUAGUCCCUGAUGCUACAUUAUACCUUCACAAGAUGAAAGUUCAGUGGCUUUUGGUGUGUUUACAGUAUAUAAAUGGUAAAACUAAUUCUGACGAUCCAGAGAGACCUUUUAUUUGUACAGUAGUUUGUUGCUUUAUAGCCGACAAUUUACAUCCAUAGAAUAUUAUGGAAUGCUGAUUACGGAGCUGGUCCAAAUCCACUUCAAAAAAGACAUUUAUUGAAGCUGAGAAGUUUUGAUGUGUUCUGCUAAUUUUGUCCCAUGACAAAACCCCUACUAAAAUUUAAAUGUGAACAAAAGAUGAAUGGGCAAAAUGGCAUUUAUUGAUGAAUAAAGUUUCUUGUAAAAUUUGCAGUUUUAAAAAGGUCUGUUACAUUGAGAAAGCCAGCUGAAACCGAUCAGGCCCAUUUUAAGGGCUGUAGAUAAACAGAUUUUCUUAUAAGUUUAAAUUGUUUAAUUGGAGAAUAAUAACUUAUAAUUAAAACAUUAGUAAUUGUUAAUGAUAAUAAAAAUAUGUAUUUGUAUUGAGGUGUCACAUUUCAAACCCUGGAAGACACAAGCACAUUCAUUCUUUCAGUAAAACCAUCUUAUUUCAAAUAACCAAUCAGAUUUUUAUGCAGGGAGCGAAGAACCAAGAUAUCAUGCUGAGUCACUGCACACUGCUCUAUUCAUCCACGUCUAUCCUUCAUCUCCCCUACUCAUCUCAUAUCCAUUGUGCUGUUGUUGCUGUCUCACUGCAGUCCUGCACCACCAGCCUCCCCCCACUUUGAGUGCCGCAUUGCUGUAUCAAAGUAGGGUGAGUUCAUUACGCACACAGUUAUUGCAGGAGCACAGAGUGUCUGUUUGCUGAGGGGAGAGCAGAGUGCCUGUCAACUGCAGAGCACAAGAAAACUCCAGGCGUUGCCAUUCUCUCUUCCUGCCCUGUGUGAUCAUGGGGAAAGAGAAGAUCCACAUCAACAUUGUGGUCAUCGGCCAUGUUGAUUCUGGGAAGUCCACCACCACUGGCCAUCUCAUUUAUAAGUGUGGAGGAAUUGACAAAAGAACCAUUGAGAAAUUUGAAAAAGAAGCUGCUGAGAUGGGAAAGGGUUCCUUCAAGUAUGCCUGGGUGCUGGAUAAGCUGAAGGCAGAGAGGGAGAGAGGAAUCACCAUUGACAUUUCACUCUGGAAAUUUGAGACCACGAAAUACUACAUAACUAUUAUCGAUGCUCCAGGACAUAGAGACUUCAUAAAGAACAUGAUCACUGGGACGUCCCAGGCGGAUUGUGCCGUUCUAAUUGUGGCAGCUGGGGUGGGUGAGUUUGAGGCGGGCAUCUCCAAAAAUGGGCAAACGAGGGAACAUGCCCUGCUGGCCUACACACUGGGCGUCAAGCAGCUGAUUGUAGCCGUCAACAAGAUGGACUCUACAGAGCCGCCCUACAGUGAUAAACGCUAUGAUGAGAUUGUUAAAGAAGUGAGCGCCUACAUCAAGAAGAUUGGCUAUAGCCCUGCCUCUGUUCCUUUCGUCCCUAUUUCAGGUUGGCAUGGUGACAACAUGCUGGAACCAUCCUCUAAUAUGCCGUGGUUUAAAGGCUGGAAGCUGGACAGGAAGGAGCAGCAUGCCAGUGGUGUGACUCUUCUGGAAGCUCUGGAUACUAUAAUGCCUCCAGCACGUCCCACUGACAAACCCUUACGUCUGCCCCUACAAGACGUCUACAAGAUUGGAGGUAUAGGCACAGUACCUGUGGGCAGGGUGGAGACUGGUAUCCUGCGGCCCAGCAUGGUGGUGACCUUUGCCCCAGUGAAUAUCACUACAGAGGUGAAGACUGUGGAGAUGCACCAUGAGUCUCUGAGUGAAGCACUGCCAGGAGACAACGUGGGCUUUAACGUAAAGAAUGUGUCAGUAAAGGACAUACGAAGAGGUAACGUGUGCGGGGACAGCAAGUCAGACCCGCCCCAGGAAGCAUCAGGGUUUACAGCACAGGUGAUCAUUUUGAAUCACCCUGGACAAAUCUGCGCAGGUUACUCUCCUGUCAUAGACUGUCAUACAGCUCACAUUGCCUGCAAGUUUGCUGAGCUAAAGGAGAAGAUUGACCGUCGCUCAGGCAAGAAGCUGGAGGACAACCCCAAAAGCCUGAAGUCUGGAGAUGCCGCUAUUGUGGACAUGAUCCCAGGGAAACCAAUGUGUGUAGAGAGCUUCUCUCAGUAUCCACCACUGGGACGUUUUGCUGUCAGAGAUAUGAGACAGACUGUUGCAGUCGGUGUCAUUAAAAAUGUGGACAAGAAGAUCGGUGGCAGCGGGAAAGUCACCAAAUCGGCCCAGAAAGCUCAAAAAGUUGGCAAAUGAAGUUAACUUUUCACCUCAGGCCCUGCCUAGCUCACUCAUCCAAUCAAAUGCCCCCCUCUUUCAUCUGGGCAUGCUCAGCCUGCUCCCCCGUGUGCUUGAAAUUUAUUACUCACUGGAUGCAAAUAAUGAAGGACUGGCAUUAAUUAUCAUAUUUUGAUUGGUCACUCUGUAUGACAGGAGACUGAUACACAUGUUGUGCAUGGAUGUCUGUCUUGAUAUAUGAACGGCAUCUUAUAAAUGAAUGUAACUAGUAUUGCUAAAUAGUGUGUAUGUGUGUGUAUAUUUGAAAGUGAAAGUAAUUAAAGUGUUUGUGUGAAUAAAUGCUACUAUUUGACCAAGAUAAUAAUUGAGAUAUCCAAAGUAAAUUAACUGCUGCUAGAAGUUUUGUAUAGUUUAUAAAUGAGCUUUGAUUAGGGGCUAAUUAAUCCAAAGUACCAUUUGUCUCCUUUGCCUGUCAGGUCUUAAUCACGAGGCCUGAAUUCUGACCCUUAUAUCUGAAACAACUGAUGAAUAAAUAAUAUAU